CACACUUGCCAUGCUAAGAAAAUGGCGGAUAGACGUCGGAGAAGACGAAGAGAAGAUGGAGGAGAAGAUGAAGGCGGGGCAACCGAUACACUAAAAGAGGGCUCUACCAAAACUAGAGCUUCUGAAUGUGAAAGUGAAGGAGAAGGCAAUGGAGGAGAUGUGCUUUCUGAGAACGGGAGUGCAUCAGAAAAGAAAGUGAAAGAGGAUGAAGAGGAUAGUGAGGAGGAAUCAGACUCAUCAGAAGAGACGGAUUCAGAUUCAGAUGAUGAUGACGAUGAUGAUGAAGAGGAAGACGAGGAUGAAGAAGCAUAUGAUGAUGAUGUCAUCAUAGAGGAUGAUGGCAGCUGGGUAGAAGAAGAAAGGCAGAGUGGUGAUGGAGAGGAACAGCAAGAAGAUGGGAAGAAUCUUGAUGAUGAUGAAGACCGGAAGAAUCCUGCAUACAUCCCUCGGAAAGGGGCCUUCUAUGAGCAUGAUACUCGCAUGCAUGGAGGUGGGGAGACCCAGCAGAAGGAAGAGGAAGACGAUCAGCGACCUAAGAAGAAGUUGUGGAAGGAUGAGGAAAAGUGGCUGCAUGAUCGUUACCGGGAUGACCAGCAGGCACCAAAGUCUCGGGAAGAGCUGAUAGCCAUCUAUGGUUAUGAUAUUCGUGCCUAUGAUAAGCCACCUGACAGUGCUCCGAAACGAGGAAUGGGAAAAAGAGGAGGCCGACGGGGACAAAGGAGACUUGGGGACUUUGUCCCAAGCCAGCGGAUGAAAACAGAGCUAGAUAACAGGACCUCAUAUAGUGAUCUUGCCAAUGAGAAUGAUAUGAGAUCACCUCGUGAAUAUAUGACUGAAAUUCGAACAGGUCCUGACUACAGGAGUCAAGACAAUCGCUCUCAGUAUGAUAAAAGAGCCAAAAAUUACCACAACCAGUCACAAGAUUACCGUAAUCAAGCCCCAGAUGGCAGAACACAAGAUGCUCGCCAGGAACAUAGAUCACAGGAUUACAGAAAUCAGGACUAUGGUAGUAGAUCUAGUCAAGAUUACAGAGUAUCUCCUGAAAAAUCCCAGGAUUACAGAAAUCAGUCUGACUCGAGAUCUGGGUACAGGGGACAUUCUGAUUACAACAAUCAGUAUCAAUCAGAUUACAUACAGAGGAAUAAUAUGGAUAAUUCUCGGGGAAGAGGGCGUGGGCGUGGAGGAAGAGGCAGGGGCAAUAGAGGCAGGUAUUCUGACUCCCCAGAAACAUCCUAUACUCAGAGUCGGCCCCGCCAGUCCACAUCACCUAGGGAGUUUACAAACACUACAUUGAAAAACCCAGGGCAGGAUGCAGAACAAGAACCUCGAGUAGAGCAUGAAGCAGACUCUUCUGAAAUUAAAGAGAAGUCCCAGAGUCAAGAUGUUAUCAUCUCCAACAAAGAAAAUGUUCAAACUAUAAGUGUGACAAUUACAAACACAACCACCGAGAAGAAAUCCUAUUCUAAGGAUCGUCGCAGUAAAGUUGUAGGUCGAACGAGGGUUCAGGACACAGUGGUCAAUGCUAUAGACCCAGGUGUUGGAUCUAUGGCCAUUGAGAGUCCUGCAAAGGCGCCACAAGAGGAGAAAAAUGGUCGAGCAGCAGCCCAGCAAGGUGGUACCAGUAAAAUAGUUGACAAACAGCAGUUCCCACCCCGCCUUCAGAACACAGCUUCUAAACCAGACAUUGGACAGCAGAGUCGACCUAAGCGUUACUCCUCUCAGCGGCAGAGGAACAUCCCUGACGUCAACUACUCAGACCAGGUGUCUGUGGACAGUGGAACAUACUACAAUCCCGCUGCCCCAGCCUACACUCCACCUAUGUACCGCCCUGAGCAGUCUGUUGCACAACCUCCACAGCCAUCACCACCACGUCUCCCUCAGCCUCAGCCCCAAGACACGGCUGGCUUCCAGACAACAAUACUACAGCCUCCCAUGGGCUUUCCAUUACCAGUGUCUACGGCAGGUCUGCCAACUGUUCCCCCACGAUUGUAUGCCCCAGGGCCAACCCCAGCUGUCACCAUGACUGCACCAUCUGCCAUCAUACAGCCACAGUUCCUAGGAACAGGUGUUCCUGGAGUGCCACAGGUUGUGUAUGGGGCUCCCCCAGGACCAUACCCGAUGACAGUGGGAUACCCCUCACCUCCCCCUCCCCCUCCACAGCAGGGUGCAGCAGCUCCAGCUCCGCCAAGCAACACAGGGCAGGAGUUGUUUAGAGGCGGCACUACAUACUAUGCCCCCGAGCUGCAGCAACCAAGCCCUAACAGAUCACCACAAAAGAGACCUAAGGCUGCCAUACCUAUAGUAAACCCUAUUGAGCACAAGAAGAAUGGCAGGACUGCUUAUGAGAGGGAAGAGUCAUCACGGGCAGUUCAUCCAGUUGUUGGUGCUGAAAUGGACAAGGGGGAGACAACUUUCUCACCAGUCCCUGACAGUAGUGAUGGUGAUGGAGAUCCUAGCCUGACAGCAGACUGUCAGCAGGCAGAGUUACCACUGUAUGAGAGUGCCACAUAUAAAGCCUCACAAGAAAAUAGUGCUAGCAAUAAUGAACAGAACGAUUCUUUUGUGCAAUCUACUGACAUUAACAUAAGUGAUGCAAAAACUGAACUAGAUCAGAAUAUGAUUUCUUCUGAUCACUUUAGUAAAACUACUGAAGGCUCACCUGAAAUGGAGUUCAGUCAUCCUACUGACACUGCCCACAGUGAAGUUAGUCAACAAUUGGUAGAGUCUAUAAGUGACACUAGAAUACCAGAGGACAAACUUACAGUAAUUGCUCACUCUCAAGAUCAUAUAUUUGAAAGUAGUUCAAGUGUUUCAAAAGGUGUACCAAACGUAGCAGUAGAAAUAACAAGAGACUUGGAAAAUGUGUCAUUGAAUGAAACGGACACUACAAACCCUGCAAGGAGCACUGAUGUUAAAGAUGACGAGAGGAGAAAACCUCAAGUGCAAGAAUUUUGUGUGAGGAAAGAUUUUGAGGUUGCAGAUAUAAAGCCAUCGGUUGCAGAGAUUGAUUCUGCAGUGGAUGCAGGUGGUGACUCAUCGCAAUAUGGAGGCUCAAAGAUGCAGAUGAAGUUAGAGAUGGAAGAAGGUUCAUCAGAAACUGAUGUCACAGUUCCAGCCACUGCUGUGGAAGCCAGCAAUUAAAGUGAUCAAUCAUCUAGGAUCCCACAGUUGAAUGUUCUACAUGGUUUUCAAGCUUUUGUUUCAAGCAUUUUGGAUGUUGUUUUGUCUGUAUCAAAAGAAUUUUUAGUGUACUUUAACAUGUUUAAAGUGUUAUUAAACAUUCUGUGCGAUGGUUUGAUCAAGUCUAACAUAGAAGUUGAUUUUGUCUGCAGACUUUCCUCUUUACUUUGAAUAAGAUGCAGCUCCAUAAUUUUCACUGUCCAAGAGCAUGAGAAUUUUGAAUUAGAGAUAUGUUUUAGUUGUGUGAAAGGCAUGCCAUAAAUCUAUGCUUAAUGCCCUUUUUCAGCUUUUGCCUCAAUGAAUGUUGUUGAGAGAAAACAGCAGUUUUAUCCAGUUUAUUUGGUUCUGUUUCAUUACAGAAAUUGUCAUGCCACACAUAAUGUAUGGAAAGCUUAUUUCCAGAUUACCUAUGACAAAAUGAUUUGGAAAGUGUCCAAAUGGAAUUGCCAGCACCAUGAAUAUCAACAUCCCUGAUAAUCAGUGUAUCAAACACAUUCAUUCUAUUAGGAUAUAUACCCUGGACCCAUUACCCCCCUUAUCUUUUUUAGGCUGUAAAAACAGUACUCAUCUCGGCUUUCAUGUGCUGUCUUAAAUACACCUGGAACGCCUUGAUGCAUAAGGACUUCCCCUCCCAUCUUUCUACUGGGGAAAACAUCAUUCCCAGCUGAAAAGUCAUUUAUGAAAGUCUUCUGGUUCAUUAAUAUAUAAUCAGAGCUCACUCGGAUGACGCAGCAAUUUUGAAUGUAGAGCUAUGCUGAACUUGAUUUCAAGCUCAUGUGAGAAUAAAUUCUGUGCUAGGUUAGUGAUGAAACAGAUUGAGCUGUUAUGGAGACUGUGUCCAGGGUACUGAUCAAAAUGGAAUGGAGUUCCAAUACACUGGAUAAUCGAGGAUUUCAACUCAUACUGGUGAAUUUGCUAUUUUCAACUUAGAAUAUCUAGUUACAAUUCUUCAUUAAAAAUAAUGUUAAUGAAGAACUUUAAGUACUACGUUAUUUUUAUUCUUCUAAGCAACGUUAGUUGUAAUGGAGUUAUCUUGUGUGAAUGACUCAAUAUGAAGGCAUCUUUCACAAAGUUGAUUCAUCCUAAAAGAAAGGUAUUAUUGAAUCUUAUUCAUUUAUAAAUAUAUAUAUUCACACAUGUAUAUCAGCUGUAUUGCAAUGUUUUCUCUACUGUUGCAAAUAUAACAUUUGGAAUAUAAUUUGCCAUAAAUUACAAUUAUAUUACAAGAUACAACGAAGGAUAUCUGUUUUUAAAUGUAUUAUGUUAAUCCUUAACUCAGGUUAAAAGGUCUAAGUAGGUUUAUUAAGGUAGAUUUAUGUAACUAAUAGUAAUCUGUUACAACUUUAUGAAAACAAUUGUGUGAGAUGUAAAACCAUCUUUUGUUGUUCUGUUGGUGAAGCCAACUGCAACAUAUUUGUAUGUGUACACAUAGUUAUUGACACAUCAAUUCAUAUUGUGAAGUAAUAUGGUUGAAUAUUAUGUCCAAUAUAGCGUUUGCAUAAUGACUAUACGCAUGUUGUAUUUAGAAGAUAAAAUCUUGUUAUUAUGAGGAUUACUACAUACACGUCUUUCAGGUCUAUUUUUAAGCGUUCUUAUGGAAAUUAUGUAAUAUGAAACUGAUUAAAUCUUUAAAAUGCACAUUUCGACAUGAACGAUAGGGAUCUCUAGGACAUUGAUGGGGUUAAGUGUUUCUUGAUGAACUGAUCACUUUGAACAGUUAUUUCCAGACUUUGGAAUUGGUUUAAAUGAAUUAUUACAUUUUUGUAUGCAUUUUGUUCAGUUACCCUCUAUAAUAUAUGGCAUGAGUAAUAAAGACAGUUGUCCCUUGUGUCUUGAUCAUGUUGAUAAUUGAAAUAGAUUCAAAGAUACAGGAGCCUGCAUUGAAAGGGUUUUCUUAGAGUAAUAUUCUAAAUUCUUGAUUUUCAUAUGAAACUAGAAAACAAGCUUUUAGUUUGUUUUGAGAAAAUAUAUCCACAAUUUCCAGGAUAAACUGUCAGGUUUGUAAUGUAUACUGAGACUAUAAUCUCCUCUUAUCUAAUUUGUGUAACUUAUUUUUUUAGGUUGUGAAAACAUUUACUCUGCAGAAAAAGAAACGCAAGAAUUAUUUUUAGAGUUAUAUUUUAUAUAUCAUGUAAAUAAUCAACAGAUGUUGAUUGAUUGUUUAAAAUUGGCAUACAUCAUUGACCAGGCUCCACAAGGCACACAUGGAACAGCACACGGAACAGUAGAUUUUCAAGGUGAAGGUCAUCUGUUCUCAGUAUAUUGUAUGGCGACCAAAAGAGUUCAAAACUGACUGGCAUUGUCAUCCCAUGGAUGCAAUCAGAUCCCGAAUUGUGGCCUGGGAAUAUUCACCCACUCUGCCUGCAGUGCUUGUAUCAACUGUCAGAGGUUCUCUGGUUGUUGCAGACAUGCUCACAGUCGUUGAUCCAGUGCAUCCCAUUCAUCACAUUAAUGUUCCAUUGGGUUUUAAUCUGGAGACCUGGAAGACCAUGGCAGGACCUGGAUGUUGUGAUUCCUGAAAAAGUGUUGCCGUGUGAGGUUCGGGCAUUGUCUUGUUGGAAAAUGAUGUUCGCUGUUGCAUAAUGGGAAGGAUGUGUGGCCGAAGAAUCUCAUCUGUGUAACGUUGUGCCGUUAAAUUCCCCAGAACUUGCACAAUGUCUGGUGUACCAGUGUAGGAGAUGACUGCCACUUCCUGUAUGCAGUUUCAUGCAUAAGUUUCCCCGCGAUGCCAGUUAACACGUCUACCAUCUGCACGGUGAAGCCUAAAAUGUGACUUGUCACUAAGCCAAACUUGUCUCCAUUGCAGUUGUGGCCAUAUUCUGUGACCUUGACACCACUGACGUCACAGCUGGUCGUCUAGCAUGAAUACCUUCAGCGCAUAAACAGUUCCUCACUGUCUGAGCUGAUAUCCUACGCAUUCCUGGUAUUGCCAUAGUCUUAGAAGUGGCCAUGGUGGUUCUUUCAUGUAAGUGACAUACCCCUAUAAACCUGUCCUUUGCAAUCAUCCGAUGGCAUGGUUGCAUUGGGCCUCCGUCAGAUGUUUUUUUUCGGUGUUCACUUGUCUGUAAGAUUGUGAUGGCAUGUAAAUGAAAACCCAACAUGUUUAUAGCCCAACAAGUGAUGUUGCAUGUGCAUGUCAUGUUGGUGUGUUUUGGCGCCAGGUUCUCAUGUGGUUGUUUAGUGAUUUUUCCAUCUUUCCACCAAAUUUCUGUAGUAGGACAAAUCAACCCCAAUCCAAGCAACUGUUUUGGUGUUAAUUUUGUAUGGAUGUUGGCAACACUGUCAGAUAUUUACAAGUUGAACUACUUUUGCGUUUCAUAUUUUUACAGAGUACCGGGUUUAUCUAAAAUUUAAAAACAUUUUUUGUUGUUUUUCAAACAGAACGCAAGCACUUGUAGAAAUUUGGUUAUACCUUGGAAAUUAAAGAUGUACAUUAUAUGACUGAUAUUUAAUUACAUUACUUUGUUUCUACUUUGAAGCAGUGAAGCUUAUAUAUUUGUGUAUGUGCCAUUAUCACCCUGUCAGAGGAUAGGUAAAUGUUCUACUUGCAUCUAGAUGCACCUUUGUAAUGUGUAUACUAAUAAGCAGAGGCGUGUUUAUUUGUCUAUAACUGUGUACAUGGUGUGUAAUAUGUAUGUUUCCAUGGUGCGAAGCAUGCUUGAUUAGCGUUUGAAUAAAGACAUCUAAUAAGUUGCUGUAAAUAAAAAAGGUUUUGAAAGUUUUGUUUUGAUAUUUUGUUGUGUGAAUGUUCUUACAAUGAUGAUGAGCAAUAGUCUCACCAGCUGCAGAAGUUCUGACUUUGAAAAGGAUCCUUCGCCCAGGACUUCAGGCACAGGACUGUAUCAUGAGAUGAGGACUGUUCACAUGCGAUCAUAUUGUACCUGGCUUGUACCUAUACCAGCUAUAGAAGCUAACAGUUUUAGUCCACUAGUCCUUAUAAUGAUAACAUAUAGAAAAACCUUUAAGAAGGGACACUUUAGCAGUUUGGCAGGGACUAUAGGAUUUCUAAUGUUACUGUACAUGCAUGAUCUCAUCUGAACUGGAUUAUUAAAGCCACCUACAUAUACCGAACUGCAAAAAAAAAGCUCUUUAUGAAAAUACUUCACGGAAGUUGCCCAUUUAAAAUAUCAAUGCAAUUUUUUUUAUGGUAUCUCAUUUAAAGUAAAGUAAAUUUGUGUAUGAGCAAAUAUACUAUUGCAUGACCUGCAUGCAGAUUUACUCCAUUAGUAUCUAUACACAAAUCUGCAAUGGCACUCAGUAAUAUUUUAGCUUUAACCCUCUUGGUGCCACGGGACCAUAUAUGGUCCCUCACUUUUCACACCCGCAUAGUGCCAGGGGACCAUAUAUGGUCCCAAGAAAAUGCCCUUUUUAAACUGUGAAUUUUGAUAUUUAACACUGAGUGCGCAAAGUCAAAACUAUAACCAUCAUCACCCCAAUCAUCUUAGCUUUAACAUCGUGUAACUCAUACUUUAUACAAUGCUACGGAUUGGGAAAUAUGGCGAGAUUGGUAAAGUGGCUACCGCUCUUCUCGGCCUUUUUCUGCCAUGUUUGAACACCAAGCGAAUGACUGCGAAUUUUGAUUAUGCACCCAUGUCACAUACACGUAAAUAUUUUCAGACAAAAUCCUUGUUCAUAAGAAAAAAUAUGACCUGAGUGGUCAGAAAGACAUAUUUUUCGCAACUGUAUACUUAUUCAUGUAAAUACAAUUCUGUUCACUCCUUUAUGAACAAGUUUAUUUACACGUUUUGUAUAUUAUUACUAUCGGUAAUGGCGGAAUGGUCCGCACACAUGAGAAAACGACAGUGUAUAUUUCCAUUACAUUUAUGAUGUUCAUUGAAUGAAUUUAUAACCAUCUUCACCCUAAUCAUCUCAACGUUAAUAUCGUGAAUUUAUAACCAUCUUCACCCUAAUCAUCUCAACGUUAAUAUCGUGUAACUCAUAUUUUAUGCAGUGCUACGGAUUGCGAAAUAUGGCGAGAUUAGUAAUGUGGUUACGGCGCUUCUCGAUCUUUUUCUGCCAUGUUGAACUUCAUGCGAAUGAAGGCAAUUUUUUAUUAUGCACCCAUGUCACAUACACGUAACUAUUAUUAUAUCAGACAGCCAAUUUGAAAAAGAAAUCUGAUCGGACUGGUCAGAAAGAUUUCCUAGUCCCCACUGUACAGUUAUUGGCGUAAGAGUACUAACGUUUAGUCGGCCACGGAAGUUUUUUGUUCAAGUAUUGCAUAUGUUUAUCGACUGUGUCAUGGCGAUUUAGCACGGCGCUACAUACCAACCGACAGUGCAGAUUGUCUUUUUGUUUAUGAAGCUGAUUAACAGAAAAUAUUCAAAUCAAAGAUAUGGAAAGAUAGCUAUAAUCGUUAAUAUUAAGUUGGUAUAGUGUAUAUUUAUGGGCAGGAGGUUCAUGAUCAAAACCUAAACAUUUAAUGGCCAAGCCCGAAGUGAUCGACAGGGCACGUUCGCAUCAUUUCUGUGCCGCGAUUUCUUGUUUACCGGUUGUCCUACAUACUCGCCCGUUCAGACAAAUAACUGCUACUUUUUUCAUAUGAAAUGACUAAGAGUCAUGUGUGAUUGCUCAAACUACCUGACCGUGUGAGUGACUUGCCCUAACUGUUUCACAUUUUGUCGCAAAUGGAGAUUUCAAAAGUGUGGCCACGACAUCUAACGUGAGUCGACGCCAUAUUGUAAACAAAUUGUGUCAAGGUCGGUUCCACAUGUGGUAGCUCGGCCCACGUUUCUGUCGAUGGUACACGCGAUACAAACAUAAUGCAACUACUGAAAACAUCAACAUAACUUCUACAAUGAUGACAUCAAUACCUUUUUGUAUUUGGAUUAACCGCUAAUGGAUACGCUUUGCUGUUAAGUUCGAUUUCGAUUUGUUUUUCCUUUCAUUGAAACUGUGAUAAUGGCGCUGUGACUGGUUUGCUGAAAUAGUAUUUUCCAUGAGUCUAAUGUACAUGGUACAUGCUGUGAUUGUAGAAGAUAAUUGAUAACCAAUUGUGUAUGCAUUUAUAUCAUCAAAUAAACAAUUACUAAUCUCUUCAGAAAAUGGAAUAUAUUAAAGCUCGUUUUCAAACAUUCUGCCAUGGAUAUUAGAUCAAAAAUUAACAUUAGAUUUACAAAUUAAUUAUGUACACUGUACCCUUGAUUAACGUAUGAUAAUAUAUUGCAAGUCUUCAACUCUUAUUUGAUAUGUCAUCUGAAAUGUUAGCAAUGAGUACAAUUAAUUUUAUUUCGUUACAAUCUGCAAUUUUAUUCAAAUAGGCUAAAAGACGGUCGGUGAUUUCCCGCCGCUGUGAAUUUGUCGUCUGCACAGGUGCGCGUGAUUUGACCUCGCGUGUUGUGACGUGGAUGAUGUCACAUGAAACAGCUGAUCUAAUGUUGUGGUAGUAUAAUGGAUACACGUGGUUUCAUUUUCCAAAUAACAAUAUUCUCUUUGACUGAACACGAAAGCAUAUCUAGUACAUCACGAUUGGAAAAUGUCUACGGCGACCGACGAGUGAAUGAGACCGCUUAUCAUUUGACUAACAGUGUUAGAAUAUUUGGCGCAGUUUUCUAGUUUUGGUAUGUUGACAUGUGCUUUUCAUAUCUGUUUGAAGGCUUGAUAUUC